UUUUGAAGCUUCUUGGGGAAGCUUUGUCACUGCAAGUAGUGCUGGGCUAGUUCGCCUGCUCGCUCUUCCCCCUUAUCUCUAUGCAUUCAUUUUCAAUAAUUUCUUUUCAGCACUUCUCUUCUCCGUCGCCGUCGCUUUUGCUGUCGCUCUCCCUAUUGUUAUUUUCGUCGCUGUCACCGUCGCCGCCUCCUUGGCUGUCGCUUUGCCAAUAUUGGUUCUCCGAUGAGAAAAUCCACCAGACUUUCCGCCAUCGGCCUCGUACAGGCUCCAGAGCCGAAGAAGCCUUUCAGCACUCGAUUUUCGCUGAGGUCGUUCGCGAAGCGCGUGCAGCUGCUCACACCGGAGCAGAGAUCCGCUAUUUCGCGAACCGGCUUCGGGAACCUUCUAUCCGUUCCAAACCACUGCCUGAACAAGGUGUUUCUCACAGAGCUAAUGGAGGCGUGGAGCAGCGGGAGCCGCGCGUUCGUGCUACGCUCCGGCGGCGAAAUCCGAAUGACGCUGCUGGACGCAGCGCUGAUCCUGGGCCUUCCGGUGACCGGUAACCCCGUGAACUUGACAGAACAGGAACCCUUCUCCGAUUUGGAAGAGUCGUACGGAGCAACGAAAGUGAAGAGGAAGGUGGCCAUGAGUUUUCUCGAGAAUAGGCUCGAUUCAAUUGGGGAUGCUGUGAGUGAUGAUUUUGUGCGGAGCUUUUUGCUCUACACAAUUGGAACGUUUCUUGCUUCGAACGACGGGAAGGUGGAUUCGCAGUUCUUGCGGUUUCUCGGGGAUUUGGGGGAGGUUUCAGGGUUUGCUUGGGGUGCUGCUGUUAUUGAUGAUUUGUGUCAGUGGCUGGAUAAGAGAAAGGAGCAGAAUGUCAAGUAUGUGGGAGGUUGUCUUAUCUUUCUUCAAACAUGGUCCUAUGAACAUUUUGACGUAGCAGCCAGGCCACAACUGCAAGAGCAUGAUAUCACCUUUCCUCGCAUGUGUCGAUGGGAUAAUAUUAAAUCUAACCAAAGACAACAGGGUACUUCAUGGUUUAAAGAGCUGGAUGAUGAUCAGGUAAUAUGGAAGCUUCAACCUACUUCUGGAGAGUUGCAAAUAGAGAUAAUUAAAGAAGCACUGGAGUUGAUAGGUGACAACAAAGAGCUUCGAAGUGCAGAAAGCCGUUCGACAUGCACUCCAUCUAGCGUUUCUGAUGUAGAUUCAGGGUUUCGGCAUAGUAUCAACGGUGAGGUAUGUAGAGAAGACGAGGAUAAUAUGGAGAAUCAGGUAGUGGAGGACACUCCCACAAGGUCGAGCACUAGUCAUGAAAAAUGUAGAAAGCAGAUCAAUCUCGGGAACUUGGUAGUGUUGGACACUCCUCCAAAUUUAAUCAUCUGCGACAAAGUACGUGGAGAGCAAGAAAUGGAUCCUGAAAAUCUGGUAGUGGUAGUUGAAGGUUCCCUCACAACUAUCAAUAUUCCUGAUGAAGUAGGCGGACAUAAAGAGUUCAACGGUGAAGAACUCAUGGUGGUGGAGGAUACUCCCCCGGAUUUAACAAUUUGUGACAAAGUACGUAGAGAGCAAGAAAUGAAUCUUGAAAACCUGGUAUUGGUUGUUGAGGAUACCCCCCCAACUAUGAGUUUUUCUGACGAACUCGGUGGUGAUCAGGAUUUCAAGUGUGAGAAACUCAUUGUGGAGGAUUCUCCUCCAAAGUUGAGCUUUUAUGAUGAUGAUAUUAGACAGAAGAAUGUUACGUUACAAGAGGAAAACGCUGAAUUCAAGAUGAAACUAGGCCAAUUAAUGGAGGAAAAUGAACUUCUCCGUACGCAGAUUUUAUCAAAUAUUCAAUUUGAAGAGCAGAACGAUGAGUUAAAGAAGGAGCUGGACUUAUUGAGAGAAGAAAACCGAAUUUUAAGAUUGUCACUAAGUAGUUUUCUGGACCGAAUGGAUGGACAUAUUUUGGAUUUCGAAUCUAAUACAACUAAUUGAGUGAACAUGCAACCCUUGAAUUUCACCCCAUAACUUAACUAGCUGCUUAUAGAGCCAGAGCUGUAACAACCAAACAACCUCUGAACUUUCAGACGUUGCUGCAGCCGCAACAUUAGUUCUUCCGCGAACUAUAGAUUUUUUGGGUAAACAAGUGUGUACACAUAUUAUCCAUUCUAAGUUAGGUGUGAACAGUGUUAGGAGGUUUCAUUUCAGGUAAAAGAACGUUAUAUAUAUUGUUAAGCCAUGGCAUUCAUGUCAGGUAAACAGGACUAUUUAUUUUUCUUCUUUGUUGUAUAUAGUUGAUUGUGCAUGUACUCUAAACAGAUGUCGGAGUUCAGAUGGUAUAAUUAUGCUUUUUUUUGAGCAUUAUGAGGCAAGUCACUGCUAGCUUCGCCUGGUACGUUCAUUAUGUUUUAUCAGCAGGUCCAUCUACUACUGCUACUAGCCUUUUCUUGUUACUCAGAGCACAUUGCUAGGCAUGGCUUGAACAGGAAGAAAUCAGCAAUGGCACCCAGCGGUGGAAGGUGUCCUUGUUUGAUACUAUGUAAUUCAAUGGCCUGCGGUAUAUAGGUCUGUGUUUGGGGCGGAUAUAUGCGGUGUUUUUCAUGACUGGGCAGCGCAUUUAGUUUUGUUGUGGCGAUGAAGUAUGCUGAAUUGACGACACUGAGGGUUAGUGUGCUGAAUUUUUAAUAGUGAUACUUGAAUGGCAUUGUUGGAUCUAUGAUUAAAGCAUUUGAAGAAUCCAAUCAUUUUCCUUGAAGAUUUGCAAUAAUCCAUGAAGACUUAGAUAUGUGUUUGGUUAAUUUGAUUUGAUUAGGAAACCAUUGUAUGUUUUCUCUUAUUUAGGUUCAUCUUACAUUGCAAUAUUUGGAAAGCUUCUCUGAAUGUAUGAUCGCUUUUUCUGGUUA